AUGAAUGGUGCAAGGGGAUCAUCUCCCUCACGUUUUAGAUGGAGUUUUGAUGUAUUCUUAAGUUUUAGGGGUGGGGAUACUCGUUCCAAUUUCACGAGCCAUCUUAAUAUGGCUUUGCGUCAAAAAGGAAUCAAUGUCUUCAUAGAUAACAAGCUUUCAAGGGGUGAAGAAAUUUCUGCAUCUCUCUUGGAAGCUAUUGAAGAAUCGAAGAUCUCGAUCGUUAUAAUCUCUGAAAAUUAUGCAUCUUCGAGUUGGUGUUUGAAUGAACUGGUGACAAUCAUCAUGUGUAACAAAUCAAGAGAACAACUUGUUUUACCAGUUUUUUACAAAGUGGAUCCAUCUCAUGUAAGAAAACAAAUUGGAACAUUUGGAGAAGAAUUUGUCAAACUUCAAGUUAGAUUCUUCAACAAGAUGGAAGCAUGGAGGGAGGCUCUGACUACUGUUUCCCACAUGUCUGGAUGGGUUCUAGGCAAAGAUGAUGAUGAAGCAAAUAUGAUUUCAAACAUUGUUCAAGAAGUUUGUGAGAAAUUAGAUCGUGUAACAGCACAGUUGCCCGUUGCUAAAUAUCCAGUUGGAAUUAACAGACAAGUUAUGAGUUUACUCUCUCAUGUUAUGAUUGAUGGAACUAGAAUGGUUGGAUUAUAUGGGAUUGGAGGUAUGGGUAAGACAACUUUGGCCAAAGCUUUAUACAAUAGAAUUGCUCAUAAAUUUGAAGGUUGUUGCUUUCUAGCAAAUAUUGGAGAAGCUUGUAAGCUAUAUGAGGGCCUAAUUCAGCUCCAGAAGCAACUACUUUCUGAGAUUUUAAUGGAAGACUUCAAAGAACCUUUCAAUCUCCAUAGUCGAAUUUACACCAUAAUGAAAAGACUACGCUCAAAAAAGAUUCUCUUGAUUCUUGAUGAUAUAGAUAAGAGUGAACAAUUAGAGACAUUGGCGGGUGGACGUGAUUGGUUUGCACCUGGUAGCAAGAUCAUUGCGACAACAAGAAAUGGAAAGUUACUUUCUAAUCAUGGAUUUGAUAGAUUGGAAAAAGUUAACGGAUUGAAUGCCAAUGAAGCUCUUGAGCUUUUUAGCUGGCAUGCUUUUAAGAAUAGACAUCCUUCGAAUGAUUAUUUGGGCCUUUCAAAACGUGUUGUACGUUAUUGUAAAGGUCUUCCCUUAGCUCUUGAAUUGUUAGGUGCAUUCCUUUAUUCUACCGAGCAAUCCAAGUUUAAACGUAUAUUGGAUGAAUAUGAAAACUCGUACCUUGAUAAAGAUAUUAAAGAUAUACUUCAAAUAAGUUAUGAUGGACUUGAAGAAGAUGUAAAAGAAAUUUUCCUCUACAUUUCUUGUUGUUUUGUACAAGAAGAUAUAGACAAGGUUAAAAUGAAGUUAGAGGCAUGUGGAUGUGUAGGUUUGGAAGAGGGAAUUACGAAACUCAUGAAUCUAUCACUUCUUACCAUCGAUAAAUUCAAUCGGAUUGAAAUGCAUGACUUGAUACAACAAAUGGGUCGCACAAUUCAUCUUUUGCAGACUUCUAAAUCUCUUAAAAGAAAAGGAUUAUUGAUUGAAAGAGAUGCUAUGGAUGUGUUAAAUGGAGAUACGGAAGCAAGAGCAGUGAAAACCAUAAAAUUGAACUUUGAUCAGCCUACUGAGCUAGACAUUGAUUCAAGAGCUUUUGAAAAAGUGAAAAACUUGGUAGUGCUCAAUGUUCACAAUGCCACAUCUUCAAAAAGUCUCGACUUUCUACCAAGUAGCUUAAGGUGGAUCGGUUGGUAUACAUUUCCUUUUUCAUCUUUGCCUUCAAGCUACUCGAUGGAGAAACUUAUUGAACUCAAAUUGCCAAGUAGCUCCAUCAAACAUUUUGGAAAAGGAUUUAUGAAUUGUGAAUGGUUGAAGCAUAUAGAUCUUCGUUACUCAAUGUUUUUGGAGGAAAUUCCAGAUUUAUCCGCUGCAAUAAACCUCGAAAGAGUUGGAAUCUUUUUGGGGUGUAGAAAUUUAGAAUAUGUAGAUGAAGGAUUCAAACAACUCAUAUUAAUGAAUUAUGAGAUUCCAGAAUGGUUCAGUUACAAGGGUAUAAACAAUCCAAUUAUGUUUUUUAUGCCAUUUAAUUAUCUAGGUCGGAGAUUGAAAGUUUUUGCUCCUUGCGUUAAAUUUCAAGUUAAUCAUGUUACCCGACAUCAUUGGCCAAUGAUGCUUGAAUGUGAAGUGUUUAUCAACGACAUUCAAGUAUGGAGUUCUGAAGAAUCUGAGGAUUCCUUUCUUGAACACCCAUGGAGAAGGUUGGUCAUAGAAGUAUCACCAUGUGAGUAUAUGUGGUUGAUUGUACUCAAUCCUCAUAGAGAUUUCUACCAAGAUUGGGAUGAUUUGAUGGAGAAAUCACCAGAGAUUGAUCCAAGUAUGCCAUGUUUUGGGAGUAAUUCAAUGGAAAUGGACGAUAAUAUUCCAAAUGAUGAUUGGAAUUAUGUUGGUAGAAGUAUUUGGAAGAAAUUUACGGUAUCAUUUGAGCUUAAUCCCAUGUUUACGGACACUAUAAUAAGUAUAACAAGUUGUGGUGUUCAUGUCAUCAUGGAGGAAUGA